CCACCUCAUUUCCCCUUCCCACGAAGAAAAGAGAACAAAAUAAGAGAGAGAAUGUACGGGUACGCGGGUGUUAGCACGAAGGGUCGCGAAGAGGUAGACCUAGAGUCCGGUCAGACCCUGUACCCUGGUCUUAGCCCCGGCGAGAACCAGCUCCGAUGGGGUUUUAUCCGCAAGGUCUACGGUAUUCUCGCUGCCCAGCUCGUCCUCACGACCAUCGUCUCUUCCGUCACCGUUCUCUCACCUCCCGUCAACGAUCUCCUCCGGGGAAAUUCCGGGUUGUUGCUCUUCCUCAUGUUCCUUCCCCUCGUCUUGUUGUGGCCCCUGUAUAUGUAUCAACAAAAGCAUCCCCUGAACUUCAUCUUCCUCGGACUCUUCACCAUGUCGCUGAGCCUCACAGUUGGUGUAAGCUGUGCGAACACGGAUGGAAAACUUGUGCUUGAAGCAUUAAUUUUAACCUCAGCUGUCGUUUCCUCCUUAACUGGUUACACCUUCUGGGCAUCUAAGAAGGGCAAGGACUUCAGCUAUCUUGGACCAAUCUUAUUCACCAGCCUCUUUGUCCUUAUCCUUACUGGUUUUAUCCAGAUGUUCUUCCCACUUGGCUCGACAUCUGUUGCGAUUUAUGGUGCAAUUGGUGCCAUAAUUUUCUCGGGCUACAUCGUUUAUGACACCGACAACCUAAUCAAGCGCUACACUUAUGAUGAGUACAUUUGGGCCUCCGUCAAUCUUUAUCUCGACGUCCUGAACCUGUUCCUUUCCAUUUUACGGAUGCUGAGACAGGGCAACAAUUAGUUGUGUCGGGUAGACGUAUACUUUGCCGGCCUGGGGUUUGGCUGAUCACUCUAGUGGUGGUUUACAUAUCAUCAUCCAAGACUGAAGAUAUAAUUGUGGAUAACAUAUGCUUCCCAAGACUAUUUUACCACCGAGUGAAAUGUAUAACGUUCCUAGUAUUUCAUAUGUUUUGAUCGUGUAUGGUAAAAUAUAUCUUAUGUGGAUUGUUUUCCA